AUGGGAAGAUUCAACGCUACUUUAAGCAAUGGCUUCAUUUUGGUGGGCUUCUCAGACUGGCCUCAACUGGAACUUCUCUUGCUUGUCUUCAUUUCGGUUUUUUACACCCUAACUGUCUUUGGUAACAGCACCAUCAUUCUUCUUUCCCAACUGGACCUUCGACUGCACACACCCAUGUACUUCUUUCUCUGCCAUCUCUCCUUCCUGGACCUCUGCUACACCACUGGCACUGUGCCCCAACUCCUAGCCAACCUUCAGGGUCAUGACCAGACCAUUAGCUAUGGAAGAUGUAUGACGCAGCUCUUCAUUGUCCUCACGCUGGGUGGAACUGAGUGUGUGCUCCUGGUGGUGAUGGCGUUUGACCGCUAUGCAGCCGUGUGCCGUCCCCUCCAUUACACAACCAUCAUGCACCCCCGUCUCUGCCAGUCACUAGCUAUUGCUUCCUGGUUGGGAGGCCUCGUGAACUCCGUGAUUCAGACCGGCCUCAUGAUGGCCAUCCCCCUCUGUGGCCAUCAACUUAAUCACUUCUUCUGUGAGAUGCCUGUCUUCCUAAAGCUGGCUUGUGAGGACACAGGAGGAAUAGAAGCCAAGAUGUUUGUGGCUCGUGCCAUAAUCUUGGUCUUUCCUGCAGUACUAAUUCUAGGCUCCUAUGCACACAUAGGCAGGGCAGUGCUGAAGGUGAAGUCAAUGUCUGGACGUAGAAAGGCUUUUGGAACUUGUGGGUCCCACCUCCUGGUUGUGUCUCUGUUUUAUGGCUCAGCCAUGUACACAUACUUACAACCCAUGGGCAGUUAUUCUGAGAGUGAGGGGAAAUUUGUUGCCCUUUUCUAUACUAUAAUUAUCCCCAUGCUCAACCCGCUGAUUUAUACCCUUAGGAACAAAGAUAUGAAAGGGGCUCUGUGGAAGGUAUUGGGGAGAGACAAAGGUUCAGGGUAG